AUGCUGCCGAUCGGGAAGACCACGAAACAGGGCACUCAGGGUAUUCUAGAGCGCUUAGAUGCUGGAGAAAUUGUGAUUGGAGAUGGAGGAUUUGUCUUUGCUCUUGAAAAGAGGGGAUAUGUAAAAGCUGGGCCUUGGACUCCUGAAGCAACGGUAGAACACCCAGAAGCAGUUUGUCAGCUUCACUGGGAAUUCCUCAGAGCUGGAUCCAAUGUUCUGCAGACAUUCACCUUUUAUGCCAGUGAGGACAAACUAGAGAACAGGGGCAAUUAUGUAGCUGAGAAAAUAAGCUGCCAGAAAGUGAAUGAAGCUGCUUGUGACAUUGCAAGAGAAGUGGCUAAUGAAGGCAAUGCUUUAGUGGCUGGAGGAGUCAGUCAAACGCCAUCAUACUUAAGCUGCAAGGAUAAAGCAGAGGUUAAAGCAGCCUUUCGAAAGCAACUAGAUGUCUUUAUGAAGAAGAAUGUGAACUUCCUAAUUGCAGAGUAUUUUGAACAUGUUGAAGAAGCUGUCUGGGCUGUUGAAGUCCUAAAAGAAUCUGGGAAGCCAGUUGCAGCUACGAUGUGCAUUGGUCCAGAAGGAGACAUGCAUGGUGUGCCCUCUGGACAAUGUGCUGUCCAACUGGUAAAGGCUGGUGCUUCUAUUGUUGGAGUCAACUGCCAUUUUGACCCAGAUACUUCCCUGGAAACUGUGAAACUGAUGAAAGAGGACUUGCAGGCUGCUAAACUGAAAGCCCACCUGAUGUCCCAACCACUUGCUUUCCAUACACCUGAUUGUGAGAAGCAGGGAUUUAUUGAUCUUCCAGAAUUUCCCUUUGGUCUGGAGCCAAGAAUUGUAACUAGAUGGGAUGUUCAAAAAUAUGCAAGAAAGGCCUAUGACUUAGGAAUUCGUUUCAUUGGAGGCUGUUGUGGAUUUGAGCCAUAUCACAUCCGAGCAAUAGCUGAGGAGCUGGCUCCUGAAAGAGGAUUUUUGCCAGAAGCUUCUGAGAAACAUGGUAGCUGGGGCAAUAGCCUGAGCAUGCAUACCAAACUCUGGAUUGGAGCAAGGGCAAGAAAAGAAUACUGGGAGAAUCGGAGGCCUGCUUCAGGGAGACCAUAUUGUCCUUCAGUCUCAAAGCCAGAUGGCUGGGGAGUGACCAAAGGAACCAGGGAGCUGAUGCAACAGAAAGAAGCAACAAGUGAACAACAGCUGAAAGAGCUCUUCCAGAAACAGAAGUUCUAA